AUGACCUCAAGCAUGGCUCCGUCUCAGAUUUCGAGUCUUCUCACCAUGCCCGGAGGUACACGACCAACCCAUCGCCUGGCUGACACUCCGCUAACACGCACUCAAGAGAUCAGAAACCGCAUCUACGACCUCGCCAUCGCCGACGUACUCCAUAAAGCCACACAGCCCGGCCUCGCCCAUCCCCGCCGCAAGGCGCACACAAUCCGCGAAGCGCAGUUACUGACGCGCAACUGGCGCCUCUUCCGAAGAUUGUUCCUCGGCCUGACGCAAGCCUGCCGCCAGCUGCGCGAGGAGUUCCUACCUACCCACCAGUACCGCAUCCCCAUGACGGUCCAGCUGACCGAGCUGGAAGCCUACUUUGCCACGUUCGUGCACGACACGAACAUGGCAAACGUCAAACUGCAGCUCCACGAUGGCGUCCGCCCCACGGAGAUGCGCGCGCUGAUCCUGCGGUGUGCCACCUCGCCCCGCAUCCUCAUCGACUAUGCAUGUAGCCCGCGCUGUCCCAUGGCCGAGAUCCUGGCUUACCCAGAGAGCUACGUCGCGUUCUACGACUAUCUCGUGGAGCGCACCGAGCGCAUUGUCGCGGUCCCGGGGAGCUGCACGGUGGCCAGGCCCGACGGCUCGACGUUCAAGCGCACGUGGAUCGUCGGGCUGGACGUGUACGUCAAACAAGAAUUCGCGGAGGCGUGGAUGGAUGCGCCUCUUGUCGGAACCAACACUGCUGAGUUGGGGUACUGGCGGGACGGGCUCGGCUUGCCAGUCGGGGCUGAAGUGGUUCCCAUGGUGGAUUGA